AUGAAGGAAUGGUAUCCAAAAAGUCCUAUGCUGAGAGCCCUUACUCCUGCUUUAAGGAAUCUCUUUGUUUAUCCUGUGAAAACCAAUGAAGAAAAUAUUUACAUUAGCAUGAGAGGAGGUCUAAGUUCUGAUGCAUCGGCUGAGAUUGUCUUCAGUGGGAAGGCUCAACUUGGUAUAACUGCAACUGAUGUCAAUGUGGAUGAGGAUGGCUGUAUAGUUUGUCCAACAACUGAUAGCACAUUUGAUCUCCGAACUGGAGCAAUGAAGGAAUGCAUGAGAGGAGGUCUAAGUUCUGAUGCAUCUGCUGAGAUUGUUUUCAGUGGGAAGGCUCAACCUGGUAUAACUGCAACUGAUGUCAAUGUGGAUAAGGGUCAACAGGGGUUCGGUUUCAUCAAGAAGAAUGAAAUUAUCAAAGGAAAGGCAGCCGUAAUUGGCUUCCUGCUAUUGUUAGAUUUUGAACUUUUGACUGGUAAAGGUCUUCUCAAGGGAACUGGUUUCUUGGACUUUCUAUAUGCCGCCUCCAAAGCUUUCAAGUAG